GCUUCCUCCCGCGCCGGCGGCGACUUCCGCUCCCUCGUGCGCGCGGCGCUUCGGUGUGUCUGAGGCGGGCUGCUCUCGGAUCGCGGCGAGGCCGGCGCACCGCAGCCAUGACAGAGGCUGAUGUGAAUCCAAAGGCCUAUCCCCUCGCAGAUGCCCAUCUCACCAAGAAGCUGCUGGACCUUGUUCAGCAGUCAUGCAACUACAAGCAGCUUCGGAAAGGAGCUAAUGAAGCCACGAAAACACUCAAUAGAGGCAUUUCUGAGUUCAUUGUGAUGGCAGCAGACGCUGAGCCCCUAGAGAUCAUCCUGCACCUCCCACUGCUGUGUGAAGACAAGAAUGUCCCGUAUGUGUUUGUGCGCUCCAAGCAGGCUUUAGGACGAGCCUGUGGGGUCUCCAGGCCCGUCAUCGCCUGUUCUGUCACCAUCAAAGAAGGCUCUCAGCUCAAGCAGCAGAUCCAGUCCAUUCAGCAGUCCAUUGAAAGGCUCUUGGUGUAGGCCUGUGGCCUCUGCCCUUUCCCGUCUACUCCCACCCUGUUUGUGUAUCAUAUUAUCUGUUAGCAUGUAGUAUUUUCAGCCAGUUUCUAUUAUAAAUAUUGUACUACA